AGCCCCACCCCUCAGCUCCUGGCCCCGCCCACCAACUCAGUCCUCGUCCCGGCUCCGGGCUCAGUUCUACCACUCCAGGCCCCGCCCCGCCGACUUAGGCCCCGCCCCGUCGCCCCACUGCCCAGGCCCGCCCCUCCGCUUCGGCCCCGCCCCGCCCGGCCGCCAUAUUGAUCCUUCUGCCAAAGUCGCUAGCUGUUGGAGCUGGAGCUGGCUAUCGCUCUCUACCCUUCUGAGUCUCUGGCCCUCUUUCUUCCCUGGUUGCACCCAGGCGGGCUGGCCAACAGCUCCCGGGGCGUCGUCCUGUGUGUGGCUGGAAGAUAAAGAUGCUUACACUGAACUACUAAGGAUUCUGCAGUCAAAACUCAUACUGUUAAUAAUGGCAGGAAAAUCAUCUCUUUUUAAAGUAAUUCUUCUUGGAGAUGGUGGAGUUGGCAAGAGUUCUCUUAUGAACAGAUAUGUAACCAAUAAAUUUGAUGCCCAGCUCUUCCACACAAUAGGUGUGGAAUUUUUAAAUAAAGAUUUGGAGGUGGAUGGACAUUUUGUUACCAUGCAGAUUUGGGACACAGCUGGUCAAGAGCGAUUCCGAAGCCUGAGGACACCAUUUUACAGAGGUUCUGACUGUUGCCUGCUUACUUUUAGUGUGGAUGAUUCACAAAGUUUCCAGAAUUUGAGCAACUGGAAGAAAGAAUUCAUAUAUUAUGCAGAUGUGAAAGAGCCUGAAAGCUUUCCUUUUGUGAUUUUGGGCAACAAGAUUGACAUAAAUGAACGGCAGGUGUCUACAGAAGAAGCCCAAGCCUGGUGCAGGGAAAAUGGCGACUAUCCUUACUUUGAAACAAGCGCAAAAGAUUCCACCAAUGUUGCAGCCGCCUUUGAGGAGGCAGUUCGAAGAGUUCUGGCUACAGAAGAUAGGUCAGAUCAUCUGAUUCAGACAGAUACCGUCAAUCUGCACCGAAAGCCUAAGCCAAACUCAUCUUGCUGUUGAUGGCAUUAAAGAGAUGAUUGGUGCAUUCUAACACACACACAUCAUCACCACCACAUCUCUUUCUCUCUCUCUCUC